CUUUUUUAAGCAGAACCGAACUCAAGUCUCACGAGCCAGAUCCUCUUCCCCUUCAUAGGAUCUCCAGCUUCGCAAUUCUCCUCAAUUCCUUCCUCCAUUACCAAAUCUAUCUGUGCCCCCGGAUCCCCAUCAAUCUCAGCUCGCACCAUUUGUUCUUAUCUAGGGUUUUUUUUUCUGAGUUGCUGUUGCGGUUUCGUGGUGCUAGGGUUUCGCUCUCUCUUCCCCGGUUCAUCAAUCUCAGAUCGUACUUCCCCGGACUGCGGCGAAAAGUUUUUAUUGUACGAGAUGGCGGAAGCGUUCGAAGACGAGAUUGAGCCGACGGUGACGAUUGAGGAGUACAUCGAGGGAAUAGAGGCGGAGGAGCUGGAGGCGGAUUUGGUUCUGGGAGGUGACGAGGGGAAGGAGUGUACCUAUGAUAAUGGCUAUAUGAAGAGGCAAGCGAUUUUCUCUUGCCUGACAUGCGUUCCAAGUGGAAACGCUGGGAUCUGCACUGCUUGUAGCCUUUCUUGCCACGAUGGGCACGAGGUUGUGGAGCUAUGGACCAAGAGAAAGUUUAGAUGCGACUGCGGGAAUUCAAAAUUUGCAGAUUUUGCAUGCAAACUUUACCCUAAUAAGGAACCUGAAAAUGUGGAUAAUGCUUAUAAUCAGAAUUUUAAAGGUCGCUAUUGCAUAUGUGGGCUCCCCUACCCUGAUCCAGAAACUGAUGAACAGGUUGAGAUGAUACAAUGCUGCAUCUGUGAAGACUGGUUUCAUGAGAAUCACCUUGGUCUUGUUUCCCCAGAAGAGAUACCAAGAGAUGAGGAAGGGGAGCCUUUAUAUGAGGAUUUCGUCUGCCAAGACUGUGCUCUUACUUGUUCAUUCCUGAAAUUGUAUCCUCCAUCCAUUUGGGCUAUAGAGAGUCAGAAGAAUGAACCAGUAUUAUCUGGUAAAGAAAAAGUCCUGGAAACUAAGACCUCUGCUUUUUCUGUUUCUGAAAACAUUGAUGAUAGCAACCAUGUUUCCAAAGACCAGACAAAUAUUUCAAACAUGAAUUCCACGACUGAGAUGUUAGAUAAGAAGGUUCAACCACAUGCAGAAACCUCAUCAGAACGUUAUAAACACCAGAUUAAUAUUUCAAACAUGGAUUCCAAGAUUGAAGAGAGUUCAGAUAAUAAGCUUCAGCCACAAGGAGAGACCUCUAUGGAAAAUUAUGGGUGGGGGGAGGUGAAAGCAAUCUGCAACAGUUUAACUUCAAAUUUCAAAUGCAUUAUUGGAUUGGAUAUAUUCAAUGCAGCAUUUGACUCGGAAAAAAAGCCUAUGUUUCUGUCAAAGAAAUGGAGAGAUCGUCUUUGUAGGUGUCUUACUUGCACUAAUUUCUACAUUCAGAAAGACCUACAUUACUUGAUUGACAAGGAUGACACCAUUGAGGAAUAUGAAAAAAUGGCAAAGCAGAAGAGGAAGGAGAAGUUACAGCAAGAAGAAGGAGCUGAAAUGAAUUUCCUUGAUAAACUGAAUCAUGUGCAAAAGAUUGAAAUUUUGAGGGGCAUCAAUGACUUGAAGAACGAGUUUCAUUCUUUUUUGGAAUCUUUUGACACGUCUAAACCAAUCACAUCUGCAGAUGUCCAAGGGCUCUUCGAAAAUCUUGCCAAGAAGAGGCAAAGAUUGUCAUAAAAUUUACCUCUUCAACACCUCAUGGUCUUAUCCAGGCCUUCUGGGCGUGAAAACAGAAGGUAAUUAUAUAGUAUAUCUAACUUGAGCUCCCUCUUUUUCAGACUUGAAUGGCAGAGGUUUGAUGCUAUAUGAUGCCUAAUUAGAAUUUCGUGUUAUGUAAUCUCCUAUCUAUCAUGUUUGUGUUUUAUUGCCAGCGAUUACAGUAAAGACUUUUCUAUUACUUGACU